AGAGGAAAAAGCAAAAUGGCAUCAGGGACAGUAAUGAAUGCCCCUCCUUCGGGAGGCUCAAACGAUGUGAGCCUGGAGGAACCAAAGAAGAUGACAAGGGAAGACUGGAGGAAAAAGAAAGAAUUAGAAGAACAAAGAAAACUAGGAAAUGCACCUGCUGAGGUGGAUGAAGAAGGAAAGGAUAUCAAUCCUCAUAUUCCUCAGUACAUAUCCUCCGUACCAUGGUACAUAGACCCUUCUAAAAGACCUACUCUAAAGCAUCAGAGACCUCAGCCAGAGAAGCAGAAGCAGUAUAGCUCCUCUGGAGAUUGGUACAAACGAGGAGUUCAGGAGCAUGCUGUAGCAACCAGAUACCGUAAAGGAGCCUGUGAGAACUGUGGUGCCUUGACACACAAAAAGAAAGACUGCAUGGAGAGACCCAGGAAAGUUGGAGCAAAAUACACAGGCAUGAAUAUUGCACCAGAUGAACACGUGCAGCCUCAGCUGAUGUUUGAUUAUGAUGGAAAGCGAGAUCGCUGGAACGGCUAUAACCCAGAAGAGCACAUGAAGAUUGUAGAGGAAUAUUCCAAAGUUGAUUUGGCCAAACGUACACUGAAAGCCCAGAAGCUUCAAGAAGAGUUAGCAUCAGGAAAGCUGGAGCAAGUGGAAAGAGACCACAACAGUGAGGAUGAGGAUGAAGAUAAAUAUGCAGAUGACAUUGAUAUGCCUGGGCAGAACUUUGACUCUAAAAGACGUAUCACAGUUCGAAAUUUACGUAUUCGAGAAGAUAUUGCAAAAUACUUGAGGAAUCUAGAUCCAAACUCUGCUUAUUAUGAUCCCAAAACAAGAGCGAUGAGGGAGAACCCAUAUGCCAACACAGGAAAGAAUCCAGAUGAGGUUGGUUACGCAGGUGACAACUUUGUUCGCUACACUGGAGACACCAUUUCAAUGGCACAGACCCAGCUGUUUGCCUGGGAGGCUUAUGACAAAGGCUCUGAAGUUCAUCUUCAAGCAGACCCUACAAAAUUAGAGCUACUUUAUAAGUCCUUCAAAGUGAAAAAAGAAGAUUUCAAGGCACAGCAGAAAGAAAGCAUCCUAGAGAAGUAUGGGGGACAAGAACAUCUAGAUGCCCCACCAGCUGAACUGCUGUUAGCUCAGACAGAAGAUUACGUGGAGUACUCCAGGCACGGAACAGUCAUCAAAGGACAAGAGAAAGCUAUUGCCUGCUCUAAAUAUGAAGAGGAUGUGAAGAUCAACAACCAUACAUGCAUAUGGGGUUCAUACUGGAAAGAAGGCAAGUGGGGUUACAAAUGCUGCCACUCAUUUGUCAAGUACUCAUACUGUACAGGAGAAGCUGGGAAAGAAAUUGCUAAUGCUGAAGCCAGCUUACUGGAAGAGCAGCCCAGGGAAGAAGAACACAUGACAAAACCCAAAACACUGAUGGAGAUCCACCAGGAGAAACAGAAAGAGAAGAAAAAGAAGAAGCACAAGAAGAGCUCAAAUUCAGAUAGUGAGGGUGAAGAGAAAAAGAAGCAAGAAAAACUUAAAAAGGCACUAAAUGCAGAAGAGGCUCGUCUUCUCCACGUUAAAGAAAUCAUGCAGUUAGAUGAGAGGAAGAGACCAUACAACAGCCAGUAUGAAACCAGGGAGCCAACAGAAGAGGAGAUGGAAGCCUACAGAAUGAAACGUCAGAGACCUGAUGAUCCCAUGGCCUCUUUCCUUGGACAGUAGCCAUGCUGCAAGUCAUUCCAAUACACAAGACUGCUUUUCAUACUUGUUUACAAUUCUGUAGGCACUUGUUUACCUUCCAUGUGUCUAAUAAAUGCCAGAAAUGGCAGAGACCUUUUCUUGCACAAAAGUUGGUGAAAACUUCUUGCAGACAUAAGCAAUCCAAUAAUUACAUCAAUUUUAUAUAUAUGUGUAUGUAUACAUGUACAGUCACAAACAUGUAUACACACAAAUUAUGUGUAUAUAU